AUGUAUCAUACACCCACACGCCGGCGGGGAUGUCUGGUCAUCGCCACCCUCGGCCUCCCGAUCUUCAUCCUGACCAUUUAUUUGACACACCGCCAGCCGACCCCGUCUUCCUAUACACAUUUCCCAGUCAAACCGAGCCGGCUCAACUGGCCUUCACCACUCCGGUUAUUGAAAUCAAAUCCUUCAUCCGAUGCUGAACUCAUUCAAGUCAAUCAUUCCGAAGACGGCCACCUUUACUUCGACGACAAGGUCCAUCGAUCGACCAAUGGCACCAGUCAACCAGUCCUCCAUCCGAUCGUUUCCCUCAUCAAUAAUGCCACCCGGGCUUGGACCCUCAAACUAGAAUCUCAAUCCAAGCACUUCUCCACAGCCGUCUCAGAGUACCGACGGCGGAACCAUCGCAAUCCUCCCAAAGGGUAUGAUCGCUGGUGGGCGUGGGCUUCGGACAACAACGUCAAGCUUCUGGACGAGUACGACUACCUCCACAAAUCCAUCAAACCCUUCUUUGCCCUCCCGCCUGAGGUCUUCAGACAACGCGCAAGCGCUCUGGUCUCAGGUCAAACCAAAUGGUCAAUCAUGAUUUUUGUAGUAUCGAUCAGGAACGGCCAGUUGAGUUUAUCAGGCCAACAAGCCAACAUUGGCCUCCGGCCAAAUGAAAUGAUCGAACUACUGAAAGGUAUCGCUCACUUACUCCCAGACAUGGACAUACCGAUCUCCGCUGAGGAUCUACCAGCCGUCUCAGUGUCUGCGAGAAACUACGAACACCACAUCCAAGCAGUGCGAAAUUCCACUCUCUCGGGUCCUCAAGAGAUGGAAGUCAUCGAGGAUCAACCCGGACUCUACGGUUGGUCUAACACAUGCUCCUCUCAAUCAGAAUUACGCAGACACCUCGAUGGCCUUCAAGACUUGUCGCGAAGUAGUAAUCCCCACCUCGGACAGAGCUACAUCCACGAUCCAGUCGCCGCGUCCAACUUCUGUGACCAUCCAGAUCUAGUCCAACUGAACGGGUUCCUAUCUGCCACGCAGCCGAAAGUGCAUCCAUUUUUCCCUCUCUUCAGUUUCACCAAGCUCAACGGAUUCGCCGAAUUACCUCUCUCGCCGCCUUCCCAAUUCCGCCAAGAGGUCGGCAAUGAUCCGCCCUGGGAGGAGAAAAAAAAUAAGCUGUUUUGGAGAGGUAGCACGACGGGCACGUAUUUCUCGCGUAUCAAUAACUGGAGACGCAGUCAGAGAACCCGACUAGUGAUGUUCUCUAAUGAACCCAGAGGGAACGUUUCCGUCCGAACGACCGAUUCGAAGGAUCACCUAGAAUACUUCGAAGCGGAUACGAGAGUCUUAAAUGAGAGAUAUUUCGAUAUCGGAUUCACCAACUCGCCCGUACAAUGUGAUAAUAGCGACCAGAGUUGUGAAGCUGUCCGGAACGCCUACGUGUUCAAGCCGUAUGCCGAGCCCUCCACGACGAAUACGUUCAAGUAUCUCUUGGACGUCGAUGGAAACGGGUGGAGCGGCAGAUUUCAUAGGUUGAUGUCAACAAAAAGUGCGAUCUUGAAAAGCACAAUCUUUCCUGAAUGGUAUGCUGAUCGAAUCCAGCCUUGGCAUCACUACAUCCCCGUGAAAGUAGAUUACCAAGACCUUUACGACAUAAUGGGCUUCUUUCUUGGCGACUCGAAUGGCCUGAACGCGCACGAUCAAAUCGGAAAGCAAAUCGGACAACAAGGCCACGAAUGGACAGAAGAGUUUUGGCGGCUGACCGACAUGCAGGCGUACAUGUAUCUCCUCCUCCUAGAAUACUCCAGACUGCUGAAUCGGGACCCCGAGAACUUGCAUUCAAUGGAUUACUUCUAG